GAACGAAAAGCACCGAGCUAGGCGGGUACAGCCCUGGAGGUGGAAAACAGCGGCAGAGACCUUCGGCAACUCAGGGCCCCCGGCCGGCCAGACCCGAGACAACCUGAAACCUCCGUGAUAUACCCACUGUACUAGCCUCGUAGCCAGUAGGGGAGUACGCACUCCCGGUUUCGGCUAGAAACUCGGGACCCCGGGUGGACUCCACCCCAAUUUCUCCUGGCAAUUGAGCACGUUCGCGGGUCUGGGAGACCGCUUCGCCUCGAUUUGGAGAGCUGCUUCUUCUCUGAACAUCUCCUUUCCUGCGGGUCUAUAUGGUGGAGAGGAGACGGGGCCGCUGCUGAAGCGCCUGAGGCACGGCGUCUCCAGUGUCGAGGAGAGAGCCUUAUCCUUUCCAUAGAUCGAGCGCUCGUAACCAUCCGUAUCCUCCGGGGAGGGGGGGAGAGGCUGAGAGAAGGGGGGAGGGGCCGCUCCUGCCGCUUCCUCCUCCUCCUCCUCCUCUCCUUGCUUUGGGAUCGAUCCCGUCGUCUCACCAGAAAGGGGUACCCUGCCGGAGAGAGAGAAAGAAAGGAAAGAAAAGGAGGGGUGGCAGGCGCGCGUCCUGGAGCCCACCCUCUCCAGCUCCCAUCCCAGGAUCUCUGCUGCCUCCAUCGGGACAACACAUAUCUCUCCUCCGCCUCCUUGUUCCUGCACAACAAGAUGUGAAGCGGAGACUCCUGGGACUUAGCUUCAUCCUCCUCCUCCUCCUUACGGCUCCCUUUUCUGCAGCCAUUAGUGAUUAGCAGGGACGGCGCAGGGGGAGUUGGGGGGACCCUCGGUACGUUCCGUCUGCGAUCCCCUUCCCCAGCCCCUUGUUCAUCCGCCUAGGCAUUUUCCUCCGUUGCAAGCUGGUUUUGGAAGGAGUAGGAAAGAACUGCGAGCAAAGAAAAACGAUUCUUUUUCUCUUCGCCUCUCCUCCUUCGCCCGCCUCCUUGUGGCGAUGAGGAGGAGGAGGACGACGCCGAGGAGGAAGAGGUUGAUGGCGGCGAAGAGGCAGCAGCAGGAGGAAAAGACGACGACCCCCCGGAGGAUGAAGAUGGUGGUAUUGGCGGCGGCGGUGAGGAAGCACCAACUGUUCUACGGCCGGAUUUAAUUCGAUUUGUAAAUUUACCGAGCCCCUUUAAUUAAUUUUAGGAAGGGUUUGUUCUCUUCUUUUCAUCCUUGUUUUUCCCUGUGGCCCGGAGAAAAGACUGCUUCCACACCCUGUUUCCCAUCUCUGUUCCCCCUUACUCACUGCUAUCCAACAGAAAUCGAUCUCGAGGAGCCGAAAAAGAGGAACUUUGUCUAUUUCUUCAGUCCAUUUCCAUACUGCUCUUCGGUUGAUUUUGGAUCACAGAAAACGGCUGAAGGCAUUGGGGAUCCCCAUCUUCAAUUUGGGCUCUGUUUGUCUAAAAAGAAUUAAAAAUGGCCGAGAAUGUGGUGGAGUCGGGCCCGCCUUCAGCCAAGAGGCCUAAACUCUCUUCACCGGCGCUCUCUGUCUCUGCAAGCGAUGGCACAGAUUUUGGAUCUCUCUUUGAUUUGGAACAUGACUUACCAGAUGAACUUAUCAGCUCUACGGAACUGGGACUUACUAAUGGUGGUGACAUUAAUCAACUGCAGACUAGCCUUGGUAUGGCACAAGAUGCUGCUUCUAAACACAAACAGUUGUCAGAACUGCUACGAGCUGGCAGCUCGCCAAACCUUAAUAUGGGAGUUGCUGGGCCAGCACAGAAUAUGGCCAGUCAGCCACAACAGAACAAUCCUGGAAUGGGAAUCUUAAAUAGUAUGGUCAAAAGUCCCAUGGCACAGGCUGCACUGACAUCUCCAAAUUUGGGGAUGGGUACAGGUGGGCCAAAUCAAGGUCCAUCAACUCAGUCCACUGCAGGAAUGAUGCAAACAGUAAAUAGUCCAGUAAAUCAGCCUGGAAUGGGCAUGAAUGCAGGAAUAAAUGCUGGCAUGAAUCCUGGUAUGUUAUCUGCAGGAAAUGGGCAAGGAAUGAUGCAAGGACAAGUUAUGAACGGUUCAAUUGGAGCUGGAAGAGGACGUUCCAAUAUGUCAUAUCCAAACCCAGGAAUGGGAAAUGCUGGUACUCUAAUAGCAGAGACAUUACAGCAAGGUUCUCCUCAAAUGGGAGGGCAGGCAAGCCUGAGAGGUCCGCAGCCUGGAGCAAUGAACAAGAUGGGAAUGAUGAACAACCCCGGUCCUUAUGUCCCGCCAUAUAGCCAAAACACUGGGCAGCCAAUUGGAGCCAGUGGACUUGGUCCCCAGAUGCAAAAUAAGCCGGUAUUACCUAACAGUUUGCCACAGUUUCCAAUGGACAAGAAACCAGUGCCUGCUCCUGUUAUGCCUAACAUGUGUCAGCAGCAGCAGACUCCUUCAGUUCAGCAGGCUAGCAUGGUAUCAACUGCUAUGGGAUCAGGAGCACCUACAGCAGACCCAGAAAAACGCAAGCUUAUACAGCAGCAACUUGUUCUCCUCUUGCAUGCUCACAAAUGUCAGCGGAGGGAGCAAGCAAAUGGAGAAGUACGACAGUGUAACCUCCCUCACUGUCGAACCAUGAAGAAUGUCCUCAACCACAUGACACAUUGCCAGGCUGGAAAAUCCUGUCAGGUGGCUCAUUGUGCAUCUUCACGACAAAUCAUAUCUCACUGGAAGAAUUGUACCCGGCAUGAUUGUCCUGUGUGUCUUCCUCUUAAAAAUGCUGGGGAUAAAAGAAAUCAACAAUCAUUAUUAGGUGGUGCUGCAGUAGGAAUUGGAAAUUCUGGUUCUGUGGGAGUUGGGCAGCAGACAACACCCAACUUAAAUACUACUAACCAGAUUGACCCCAGCUCUAUUGAAAGGGCUUAUGCAGCUCUGGGGCUGACAUAUCAAGGGAAUCAGAUGCCAACACAGACACAGGCUCAAGUGAAAAGUCAGCAGCAAGGACAGUCACCACAGGGGCUUCGCCCCAUGAAUCCCACAAGUGCUAAUCCUAUGGGAGUGAAUGGAGGAGUUGGAGUUCAAGCCCAGAAUCUGCUACCAGAUGCAAUGUUGCAUUCAGCUGUAAAUUCUCAAAAUCCUAUGUUGAAUGAAAAUGCAAAUGUUGCUGGUCUGGGGAAUAUGCCAACUGCAACACAUCCUUCUGGUAUUGGAAUUCGAAAACCAUGGCAUGAAGAUAUUACUCAGGAUCUCAGAAACCACCUUGUGCAUAAACUAGUACAAGCCAUAUUUCCAACUCCUGACCCCGCAGCACUGAAAGAUAGACGUAUGGCAAAUCUUGUCUCCUAUGCUCGGAAAGUUGAAGGGGACAUGUAUGAAUCUGCAAAUAGCAGGGCAGAGUACUAUCACUUAUUAGCAGAGAAAAUUUAUAAAAUCCAGAAGGAAUUGGAGGAAAAGAGAAGGACCAGAUUGCAGAGGCAAAAUAUGAUACCAAAUGCCCCAGUCAUGCCACCAGCUCCUAUGAAUCAAGGACCCAUGGGGCAGCCACAGCCUGGAAUGACAGCAAAUGGUCCUCUUCCUGACCCAAACAUGAUUCGUUCCAAUGUGCCAAACCAAAUGGUAAAUCGCAUGCAGACACCACCAGGAAUGAAUCAGUUUGGCCCAAUAACCAUGUCAAUGCCAUCAGUUGGACCCCGACAAACCCCUCCCCUUCCUCACCCCGGACAGCUAAACCAGGCUGGGAAUAUAAAUCAGAUUGGAUUUCCCCCACGUAUGCAACCUCAAGGGGUUGGUCAGUCUUCUGGUCAAAGUCAAUUUGUACCACAGAACCAGUUUCCUUCAUUGUCCCCUGGAAUGAAUCCAGCUAGCACACCUAUGACUCAACCUGCCAAUCAGACUCCAGCUUCUCAAGCACAAAUGACCAACUCUUCAUGUCCUGUAACAUCUCCAGCAGUGGCUCCUGGCUCUCAAGGGGGUCAUAUUCAUUGUCCUCCCAUUCCACAGUCUGCAUUGCAUCGUAAUUCUCCUUCUCCAGUACCAAGUCGUACUCCUACACCUCAUCAUACGCCCCCAGGAUUGGUUUCCCAGCAGCAGCAACAGCAGCAGCAGCAGCAGCAGCAGCAGCAACAGCAACAACAACAGCAGCCACCUGCACCCCAACAGGCAACUAUUGCCUCUGCCCCUGCUGCUGUUUCUCAAAUGCCACCUUCUGGGCCCCAGUCACAAACUAUGCACCCCUCUCAGAGGCAGACUCCAACACCCCCACAGGCUCAGUUGACUCCUCAAAUGCAGCCUCCAGUUUCUGUUACCCCUUCUGCAGAGCAGCAGUUGCCACAGCAACCUCUUUCACAACAGAGCACAACUGCAUCUGUACCUACCCCAACAGCGACACUGCAACCUCAACACCCUACAACACCUCUUUCACAGCCAGGUGCAAAUAUUGAUGGGCAGGUAUCAAAUCCACCAUCCACCAGUAGUGCAGAUGUAAACAUUCAGCAAACUGCCCCUGAGCAGCAGCAACAGCAGCAACAGCAAAGUUUACCUGAAAUUAAAAUGGAGGUUAAAAUGGAAGAGGAGGACUCUGAACACACAGAUCAUCAAAUAGAUGAGAAACCAGAGAUUAAAGUAGAACCCCUAGCGGAUGAAUGUAAAUCUGAACCAAUGCAACAGGAGGAAAAGAAACCAGAAAUGAAGCAAGAAGUAAAGGAAGAGGAGGAAAGGCCUAGUACUCCAGGUACCCAGUCUUCACCAGCUUCUGGGCAGUCAAAGAGAAAAAUUUUCAAGCCGGAAGAGUUGAGACAGGCACUUAUGCCAACUUUGGAGGCACUGUAUCGCCAGGACCCAGAGUCCCUUCCUUUCCGGCAGCCUGUGGAUCCUCAACUACUAGGAAUUCCUGACUACUUUGAUAUAGUAAAGAACCCCAUGGAUCUUUCUACUAUCAAGAGAAAGCUUGAUACAGGACAGUACCAGGAACCUUGGCAAUAUGUGGAUGAUAUUUGGCUUAUGUUCAAUAAUGCCUGGCUUUACAAUCGUAAAACAUCUAGAGUGUACAAGUACUGUUCCAAAUUAGCAGAGGUUUUUGAGCAGGAAAUUGAUCCGGUUAUGCAGAGCCUCGGCUACUGUUGUGGACGAAAGUUGGAAUUUUCACCACAAACUUUAUGUUGUUAUGGCAAACAAUUAUGCACAAUUCCACGUGAUGCUACAUAUUACAGUUAUCAAAACAGGUAUCAUUUCUGUGAGAAGUGCUUCAAUGAAAUCCAAGGGGAAAGCGUUUCUUUGGGGGAUGAUCCAUCACAACCACAAACCACAAUAAAUAAAGAUCAGUUUUCAAAAAGAAAAAAUGAUACACUGGAUCCAGAACAAUUUGUUGAAUGUAUUGAAUGUGGAAGAAAGAUGCAUCAGAUUUGUGUACUUCACAAUGAAAUAAUCUGGCCAUCUGGCUUUGUCUGUGAUGGCUGCCUAAAAAAAUCAGGACGAACUCGAAGAGAGAACAAAUUUUCUGCCAGAAGAUUACCAACUACUAGACUUGGUACCUUCUUGGAAAACAGAGUGAAUGAGUUCCUGAGACGACAGAAUCAUCCUGAGUCGGGUGAAGUCAUUGUUAGGGUGGUUCAUACCUCAGAAAAAACUGUAGAAGUUAAACCUGGAAUGAAAGCAAGAUUUGUAGAUAGUGGAGAGAUGGCUGAACAAUUCCCUUACCGAACAAAAGCACUCUUUGCUUUUGAGGAGAUUGAUGGUGUAGAUUUAUGCUUUUUUGGCAUGCAUGUUCAGGAGUAUGGGUCUGAUUGCCCUCAACCCAACCAGAGGCGAGUAUACAUAUCUUACCUUGACAGUGUUCAUUUCUUCCGCCCUAAAUGCCUGAGGACUGCUGUCUAUCAUGAAAUUCUGAUAGGUUACCUAGAGUAUGUUAAGAAGUUGGGCUAUACAACUGGACAUAUCUGGGCCUGCCCACCUAGUGAAGGAGAUGAUUAUAUUUUCCAUUGCCAUCCUCCUGAUCAAAAAAUUCCCAAACCAAAACGAUUGCAAGAAUGGUAUAAAAAGAUGUUGGAUAAAUCCGUGACAGAGCGCAUUGUCCAUGAUUAUAAGGAUAUUUUUAAGCAAGCAACAGAAGACCGUCUAACAAGUGCAAAGGAGCUGCCCUACUUUGAAGGAGAUUUCUGGCCAAAUGUUCUAGAAGAGAGCAUUAAGGAAUUGGAGCAAGAGGAGGAAGAGAGGAAAAGGGAAGAGAACACUAGCAAUGAGAGCACUGAUGUUAGCAAAGGAGAUAGUAAAAAUGCCAAAAAGAAAAACAACAAGAAGACCAGUAAAAAUAAAAGUAGCUUAAGUCGUGGUAACAAAAAGAAGCCAGGCAUGCCCAAUGUCUCCAAUGAUCUUUCCCAGAAACUCUAUGCCACUAUGGAAAAGCACAAAGAGGUAUUCUUUGUGAUCCGUCUCAUUGCUGGUCCUCAAGCCAACUCUCUGCCUCCCAUCAUUGAACCUGACCCACUUAUUCCAUGUGAUUUAAUGGAUGGGCGUGAUGCCUUCCUUACCCUUGCUAGAGACAAACAUCUUGAGUUUUCUUCACUACGAAGAGCAAUGUGGUCAACUAUGUGUAUGCUAGUAGAGCUGCAUACACAGAGCCAGGACCGUUUUGUGCACAACUGCCUGCAAUGAGUGCAAGCACCAUGUGGAGACAAGAUGGCAUUGCACUGUUUGUGAGGUAUGCCUAACUUAUAGUGAAGCAGCUGGUUAAACUUGCAUUUCAGGAAUUUCUUUUGCCUUGCUAGUUUCCCUCGUACGUAAUCAUUGGAUAAUAAAUAUAUAGGUACCUCUGUCAUCUCAAUAUAGCUCCUCUCUA